ACUACUCCCACUUCAACUCAUCAAGUCUACACAGUAGCACGACCAUCACCAUGCCUGUUGGUGACAACGACGCAGUGCAAGCCGUCGGCUUAGACCCUGCUCUCGUCGAUGGUUCUGGUGACCCUCAACGCAAGAACCCGGCCCUUCACUCCACAGAGGCGCCGCCCUACCUCUUCUCUGAGGGCAAGGCUACUCUCCAGGAGAGCUACCUUAGCGAGGAUGGCCUUCCCACAGAGGAGGAGCUUGCGACGCUUGAGCGCGUUGGCGCUGCCAUUCCUUGGAGGAUCUACACUAUCGCCUUCGUCGAGCUUGUCGAGCGUAUGUCAUACUAUGGAUGUGUCCAAGUCUACUCCAACUUCAUCGCCAAGCCCAGACCUACUCCCACUGGUGCCGCCUUAGACCCUAGUGACGCCGAUGCUCAGCCUGGUGCCCUCGGACUCGGAAAGCAGGUUGCAUUCUCCCUCACGACCUUCAAUGCUUUCUGGGUCUACUGCUGCCCUCUUCUCGGAGCCUGGAUCGCCGACACUUACCUCGGACGUUACAAGACUAUCCUCUACUCCGUUAUCGUCGCUGAAAUCGGUCACAUCAUUCUCGUCGUCUCGGCUAUCCCCGCGGUCAUGGACAGCCCGAAGGGCGGCCUUGCCUGCUUCAUCAUCGGUCUCCUCGUCAUGGGUCUCGGAACGGGUACCUUUAAGCCCAAUAUUUCGCCUCUCAUUGUUGAGCAGCUUGAGACCGACAAGCUCCAGGUUAUUGAGCGAAACGGAAAGCGCGUCAUCAUCGAUCCGGCCAUCACCGUCACUCGCGUCUACAACUACUUCUACCUCUUCAUCAACAUCGGUGCUUUGGCUGGUCAGCUCGGCAUGGUCUACGCCGAACGCUACGUUGGCUUCUACCUGUCAUACUUGAUCCCCACCGUCUUCUUCCUGUUUGCUCUCCCCGUCUUGAUCGUCUGCAAGAAGCACUACAUCCUCCGUCCCCCAAGCGGUAGCGUCAUGGGACCUGCUUUCAAGCUUCUUGGUAAGGCUCUCGGCACCAGGAACCUGAAGAACUGGAACGACGGCAAGAUGUGGGAGUCGAUCAGGCCAUCCGCUCUCGGCGCCAAUAAGCCUUCCUGGUACAACUUUGACGAUGCCUGGGUUGACGAGGUCGCCCGUGGUUUCCGUGCCUGCGGUGUCUUCUUCUGGGUCCCCAUCUUCUGGCUGGCUUACCGCCAGAUGGACUCCAACUUAACCCAGAUGUGCUCCCAGAUGGCUCUGCACGGUGUUCCUAACGAUCUAUUGGCCAACUUGGACCCUAUCUCAAUCAUCAUCCUCGUCCCGAUCCUUGAUACCGUCGUGUACCCCUUCCUUCGCAAGAGAGGAAUCAGGUUCACCCCUCUCAAGAAGAUCUGUGCUGGUUUCAUCGUUGCCUCUUUCUCCAUGGUUUGGGCUUCCGUCCUUCAGUACUAUGUCUACAAGACUUCCGGCUUUUACGAGAUGACCGCUGCCGAGAUUGAUGAGAACGGGUACAAGUCUCCCAUCAAUGUUUGGGCUGUCACCGGUGUUUACAUCCUGAUCGCCAUCUCUGAGAUUUUCGCCUCCGUCACCACUCUCGAGUAUGCUUUCACCAAGGCUCCCAAGAACAUGAGGUCUCUGGUCAUGGCUGUCCAGCUCUUCACCACUGCCUUCUCUGCGGCUCUUGCUCAGGCUUUCACCCCGUUGACCCUCGACCCUCUCGUUGUCUGGAACUACGGCGCUGUUGCCAUCAUCUCGUUCAUCACUGGUGUUCUCUUCUGGUUUGCCUACCGUAAGAUGGACAAGGAGGAGGACAAGCUCAACAUGCUGCCUACCGGUCACCUUGGUAACUCUGAGCAGGCCGCCGACGUUGAGAGGCGCAUCAGCGUCAACGCCGCACCUAUUGAUGAGAAGAAGGCUCCCAGCUACUAAGCGUGUACGCCAGUGACAUGAACGACGCAGUUUUAUUUGCGCACUGUCUCAUCUCCAGCUGUUGUCAGUUCUGAGAUCGCUCGUUUGGAUCACAGCGUCGUGUGUUGCGCUCUUCAGGAGUCGCCAGCGACUGUAAUGUCAUAGC